AUGCAACUUAAUUACAGUAUUUUUGUUUACUAAACCAAUGACGAGGUAUCCUGACUACUGAGAUGCAGCUAAAGCAGAAAUUAAUUUUGCACAUUUGACUGACUGAUAAUCUAAGGGAAGUAGAGAGUAGCGGGUUGCACAGUGUCAAAAAGCGAUAAGCGCUCUAUUCAAAUGCAAGUCAUUGCUUUUGGUCAAGCACUUCAAGAAGCAUCCUGAUAGGAGCUUCCAGUAAGCCUAGUGUCUCUGAGUUUUUUCCACCGCUUUCUAUACACAGACUCUCAAAAUGAGUGACCUUCAGGAGGAGGGGAAGAAUGCCAUCAUCGCGUCCAUGCAGCCCUCCUGUGCGGAGCUGCUCCCAGAGGACACGUUGCUAGAGGAGAAUGCUGAGAGGAGUAUACUGGAUCCCAGCUCAAGAGAAAAUCCCAAAUUUAAAGACCUUCAAAAAGUUCUUAUCGACUGGGUCAACAGUGAGCUGGUGGAGGACCGGAUCAUCGUGAAGGACCUGGAGGAGGACCUCUAUGAUGGACAGGUGCUCCAGAAGUUAUUUGAGAAGCUGUCUCAGAGGAAGUUGAACGUGGCAGAGGUGACGCAGUCAGAGAUCGGCCAAAAACAGAAGCUGCAGACGGUGCUGGAGGCAGUCAAUGAUGUGCUCAGACCUGAGGGCUGGUCCGUCGAGUGGGGAGUGGACUCAAUCCAUUCCAAGAACCUUGUGGCCAUUGUGUACCUGUUGGUGACCCUGGCCAUGCACUUCCAGGCUCCUAUCAGACUCCCAGAGCAUGUGUCCGUCCAGGUGGUGGUGGUCAAGAAAAAAGAGGGACUCUUACACACCUCCCAUGUGACCAAGGAGCUCACAACAACAACAGAGAUGAUGAUGGGACGAUUUGAGAGGGAUGCUUUUGACACAUUGCUGGAUCAUGCCCCUGACAAGCUCAACGUUGUCAAGACGUCUCUCAUUACCUUUGUGAAUAAGCACCUUAACAAGCUGAAUCUGGAGGUGACAGAACUGGAGUCACAGUUUGCAGAUGGUGUGUAUCUGGUGCUGCUGAUGGGGCUUCUGGAAGACUACUUUGUUCCGCUGUAUAACUUCUACCUCACGCCGGAGAGCUAUGAGCAGAAAGUCCACAACGUGGCCUUUGCCUUUGAGCUGAUGCAGGACGGAGGUCUGAAGAAACCCAAAGCAAGGCCAGAGGAUGUUGUGAACUUGAACCUGAAGUCCACCCUGAGGGUCCUCUACAACCUCUUCACCAACUACAAGAACUCUGAGUGACGGCCCCUCAGCACAGGGAGGUGACGGGAGCCAGAUGGGCCUUCAGAUGGAGCAGAUCCUGGAGCUUUAUCCUGGAGCUUUAUCUGCGCUGUGGGCUGCUGGACGUACGCCCACAAUCAAACACACGUUUACAUCACACACACACACACACACACACACAUGCCUGAUAUUGUGUGUGCUGCUGUCAUGUUGACAGUUGGAGCUUUAGUGUUCAUUUGGAUGGGAAGUCCUAUGGAGCACCUCCACAUCUCCCCCUAGCGCUGCAUGAGUCCCAUCAGGCUGGAGCACCUCCACAUCUCUCAUAUGAGUCCCAUCAGGCUGAAGGAGCACCUCCAUCAGCACCUGAGUGCCUGGCGACAUGCACAGAUAUUUAAUAUAAUGGUGUCACGCAAACGAGCCCCCUGCUUAGGAUGCCUUGGAGAAUGUAUAGUAUAUACUCUUUAAUCCCGUGAGAGAAUGUAUAGUAUAUAUACUCUUUAAUCCCGUGAGAGAAUGUAUAGUAUAUACUCUUUAAUCCCGUGAGAGAAUGUAUAGUAUUAAUACUCUUUAAUCCCGUGAGAGAAUGUAUACAGUAGUAUAUAUACUCUUUAAUCCCGUGAGAAAAUGUCAAAGUCAAAGUCAAAGUCUGCUUUAUUGUCAAUUUCUUCACAUGUCAAGACAUACAAAGAGAUCGAAAUUACGUUUCCCACUAUCCCACGGUGGAGACAAGACAUAUUGUCUAUUGUAUAGUAUAUAUACUCUUCUGAUCCCGUGAGAAAAUGUAUACAGUAGUAUAUAUACUCUUUUGAUCCCGUGAGGGAUUGCACUGCUUGUCCAGGAAUAGGUAUAGAUCUGACCACGCCUGCCCUUACGAACUGAAGAAUUAUUGACAUUGUCAUCAUUAUGAAUGUGUGUUUGUUUUUUUUAAAUUUAUGAUUCAUUCAUGUUGCCAUGCGUGCGCCUAACAUGUGCCGUCACGUUACAAUGUUGAUGUAGAAACCAAAUGCUUUGAAUUGCCAUGUUGCCGUCACGUCACAAUAUUGAUUUAGAAGCCAAAUGCUUUGUUGCCAUGUUGCCGUCACGUCACAAUAUUGAUGUAGAAACCAAAUGCUUUGAAUUGCCAUGUUGCCGUCACGUCACAAUAUUGAUUUAGAAACCAAAUGCUUUGAAUUGCCAUGUUGCCGUCACGUCACAAUAUUGAUUUAGAAACCAAAUGCUUUGAAUUGCCAUGUUGCCGUCACGUCACAAUAUUGAUUUAGAAACCAAAUGCUUUGAAUUGCCAUGUUGCCGUCACGUCACAAUAUUGAUUUAGAAACCAAAUGCUUUGAAUUGCCAUGUUGCCGUCACGUCACAAUAUUGAUUUAGAAGCCAAAUGCUUUGUUGCCAUGUUGCCGUCACGUCACAAUAUUGAUUUAGAAACCAAAUGCUUUGUUGCCAUGUUGCCGUCACGUCACAAUAUUGAUUUAGAAACCAAAUGCUUUGAAUUGCCAUGUUGCCGUCACGUCACAAUGUUGAUUUAGAAACCAAAUGCUUUGUUGCCAUGUUGCCGUCACGUCACAAUAUUGAUUUAGAAACCAAAUGCUUUGAAUUGCCAUGUUGCCGUCACGUCACAAUAUUGAUUUAGAAACCAAAUGCUUUGUUGCCAUGUUGCCGUCACGUCACAAUAUUGAUGUAGAAACCAAAUGCUUUGUUGCCAUGUUGCCGUCACGUCACAAUAUUGAUUUAGAAACCAAAUGCUUUGUUGCCAUGUUGCCGUCACGUCACAAUAUUGAUGUAGAAACCAAAUGCUUUGAAUUGCCAUGUUGCCGUCACGUCACAAUAUUGAUUUAGAAACCAAAUGCUUUGUUGCCAUGUUGCCGUCACGUCACAAUAUUGAUUUAGAAACCAAAUGCUUUGUUGCCAUGUUGCCGUCACGUCACAAUAUUGAUUUAGAAACCAAAUGCUUUGAAUUGCCAUGUUGCCGUCACGUCACAAUGUUGAUUUAGAAACCAAAUGCUUUGUUGCCAUGUUGCCGUCACGUCACAAUAUUGAUUUAGAAACCAAAUGCUUUGUUGCCAUGUUGCCGUCACGUCACAAUAUUGAUUUAGAAACCAAAUGCUUUGUUGCCAUGUUGCCAUCACGUCACAAUGUUGAUGUAGAAACCAAAUGCUUUGUUGCCAUGUUGCCAUCACGUCACAAUGUUGAUGUAGAAACCAAAUGCUUUGUUGCCAUGUUGCCGUCACGUCACAAUAUUGAUUUAGAAACCAAAUGCUUUGUUGCCAUGUUGCCGUACUCUCAGAAUGUGUCUGCUGAACAGAGGGGUGAAAUGAUUAUUGAUUGUGCGGAGUGGACAGUGUGGAGUGGACAGACAGAACUUCACCCCUCUGCAACCACAAACACAAAAAGCUCUGCUCUUUCAAACUCUGUGUUAGUUAUUUAGAGCUAUAUCAAGAUUAGUCCAGUUUCUAUGGAGCGAAGAAGAUUUGCAAGAGAGCUGAAUGACUACUAUAUAAUGUCUACUUCAACAGUGUUUUUGUCCUGAAAUAAAUAAACGCAGCAGCCCACCACAUAA